GAUAUUCCCAUAAACCCAGACAAGAACCCCAAAAUGCAGAAAACAGACAGAUAGUAAUCAAAGUAAGAGUGUGUUUUGGAUAUGAUGCCAAUGACUAUCUGAAACUCUUCCUCCCUUCAUUUCGCCAUUGCUUCUAAACAUGAAUCCUCAAAUUUCAAACAGAAUCGAAUUACUUCAACUCCCAAAACCCUUAUUCCCUCGCAAAACCUUCUUCUUCACCCAAUUCCCUCAUUCUUGUUUUUCUCAACGCCUUCUUAGAACCAAAUUCCCAUACAAAAACCCUCGCAACUGCAAACUCAGAAUCACCGCUUCCAAUGUUUCAAAUACAUCUUCCUCCAACGAUGAAGAUGCUCAAUCUCUUCAGCUUUUCGAGAAUCGGGUGAAUGAGAUGGAAGAACUUCAGAGGAAGGCUAAUGUGCAGUUAGAUAGGCAACUUAUAUUGGCUUCUUCAUGGAAUAGAGCUUUGUUGACUUUUCGUGGGAAAUUAAAAGGAACUGAAUUGGAUCCUGAAAAUUCACAUAGGAUUGAUUUCAGUGAUUUUUUGAAAUUGCUCGACUCCAAUGCUGUCAAGUCUAUUGAGUACUCUGAUUAUGGACAGACCUUAUCAGUUAUUUUACCAUAUUACAAGAACGUAAAAACAUCAGGCACUGAAGAAAAUCCCAAGGAUAUUGUUUUUCGGCGUCAUGCGGUUGAUCGAAUGCCGAUUGAUUGUUGGAAUGAUGUUUGGGGGAAGCUGCAUCAACAAAAUGUAAAUGUUGAUGUCAUUAAUGUAGAUGCUGUACCUGCUGAAGUAUACUCAACGGUUGCAACUGCAGUUGUAUGGUCUAUGCGUCUUGCCCUGGCUGUUGGAUUUUUUAUGUGGAUUGAUAAUUUGAUGAGACCAAUAUAUGCAAAGUUGAUACCUUGUGAUUUGGGAACUCCUCCGCCUACCCCACAAACUAAGGUGCCAGCCUUAAGAAGACACGCACUUGGUUCUCUAGGCAAAAGUCGGGCUAAAUUUAUAUCUGCAGAAGAAAGAACUGGCGUUACAUUUGAUGAUUUUGCUGGCCAGGAAUAUAUAAAGAGGGAACUACAAGAGAUUGUCCGAAUUUUAAAGAACGAGGAGGAGUUUCAAGACAAAGGAAUUUAUUGUCCAAAAGGUGUUCUUCUUCACGGACCUCCUGGAACCGGUAAAACUUUACUGGCUAAAGCCAUCGCAGGUGAAGCAGGGUUGCCCUUUUUUGCUGCUAGUGGCACGGAUUUUGUAGAGAUGUUUGUAGGGGUUGCUGCAUCCCGUGUUAAAGAUCUUUUUGCCAAUGCAAGAUCAUUUGCGCCUUCUAUAAUCUUUGUUGAUGAGAUUGAUGCUAUUGGUAGCAAGCGUGGAGGACCUGAUAUUGGUGGAGGAGGUGCUGAAAGGGAACAAGGAUUACUUCAGAUAUUGACUGAGAUGGACGGAUUCAAAGUUUCCACAGCACAGGUGCUCGUGAUAGGUGCUACAAAUAGAUUGGAUAUUCUUGAUCCUGCUCUUUUGAGGAAGGGUCGUUUCGACAAGAUCAUUAGAGUUGGUUUACCUUUACAAGAUGGAAGACUUGCCAUUUUGAAGGUGCAUGCCAUGAAUAAGUCUUUUCGCUCAGAAGAAGAAAAGGAUACUCUACUGACGGAAAUUGCAGAGCUAACAGAAGAUUUUACUGGGGCAGAGCUGCAAAAUAUACUGAAUGAAGCUGGAAUUUUAACGGCCAGGAAGGAUCUGGAUUACAUCGGACGUGAUGAGUUGCUUGAGGCAUUAAAAAGGCAAAAAGGAACAUUUGAAACAGGGCAAGAGGAUACUGCAGAAAUUCCUGAAGAUCUGAGACUGAGAUUGGCAUAUAGAGAAGCAGCUGUGGCUGUUCUUGCCUGUUAUUUUCCUGAACCGCACCGCCCUAUUGUUGAGACUGAUAUAAGUUCUAUUCAAAGCCAGCCAAAUAUGUGUUAUAAUGAAAGUUCUGGAAAGGUUUUUGCUAGGAAAUCAGAUUACAUAAACUCUAUAGUGCGUUCUUGUGCUCCAAGAGUAAUUGAGGAGGAGAUGUUCGGGAUCGACAACUUGUGCUGGAUGUCUGCAAAUGCAACAUCAGAAGCUUCAAGGCUUGCAGAAUUUUUUAUUCUGCGGACUGGAAUGACUGCAUUUGGGAAAGCAUAUUACAGAAACAAUGUCGAUCUUGUGCCUAAUCUUGCAGUGAAGCUUGAAGCACUCCGAGAUGAGUAUCUGCGUUAUGGUACAGAGAAGUGUUCAUCUGUGCUAAAAGAGUACCAUUCAGCGGUUGAGACAAUCACAGAUAUUUUGCUUGAAAAGGGGAAAAUCAAAGCUGAGGAGAUUUGGAACAUUUAUAAAAGUGCUCCUCGUGUAGCUCAGCCUUCUGUGAGUCCACUUGAUGAAUACGGGGCACUGAUUUAUGCUGGACGGUGGGGAAUCCACGGGAUUAGUCUUCCUGGAAGGGUUACAUUUGCACCGGGCAAUGUUGGGUUUUCAACCUUUGGUGCACCACGCCCUACAGAGACGAAAGUUGUUAAUGAUGAAACAUGGAAACUAGUAGAUGAUGUCUGGGAUAAAAAGGUUCAAGAUAUUAGAGAUGAAGCUUUGAGGGAGAUUGAAGAAGAGAAAGAAAAGCCACAACUUUUGAUGGCAAGUCAUUUCCUCUGAGGGGAACUUGUAGUUGACCUGCAGGAGCUAUCUACUGGGGAAAAGAGUUACAAAUCAUAUGUCCGUUAUGUAACAGAAAUAGCGACAAUGCCUCCUUUAUGCGGAAUGGAUCAAAACUAGUUCCACGUACUCAGUUGGUUUCUCCUCUGAUCUAAUAUUGUAAAUUUGUAUCCUGCUCUUUUAGUUGGUAAGCUGCUCUAUCAGGAUGUUUUCCUUCCCAUACCCAGUUCUUUAUCAGCUGGAAUCUCAACUUGGAGUCAAUAUUCUCCCAAUGAAGUUUAAUCUUCUCUCGAAAAAUCUAGCUAAAGGUGAUUCAAUUUUGCGAAAGAGGCCUUUUUUUCCUACAGAUAGCACACUGGGACUUCUAGUCUGAGCUUUUUAGUAAGUGAAACGCAUUACGUGCUAGUUACUUCCCAUAUUUUGAGGGAUAUGUUGAGCCAAUUGCAAAUUUACCAAAUAUAUCUAUGUUGUCGUAAUUUUGUGAGUGUAAUCUUUAGUGAUAAAUUAAAGUGUAAAGAAUACAUAUUGUUAGACUUCUUUUCUUUACGUGCUUCGUCACCAGCUCUGCACAGCAAUUAGUCUCUCAUUCACUUCUUAAGUAAUCCUAUUCAACUGUUAGACUUCUCAAGUGAUCACAUACAUCUAAGCCCAGCUUAAUUGUUUA